GGGACAGAUGCUCCUCUGAGUGCGGCACUGCGCAUGCGCCGGCCUGCCUGCCUGCCUGCUUCAGUCCGGGGAAGGAUGAAGGCUCCGCUUCUGCCAAGAGGGAUCUCAUGAUGGAGAAAGAAGAGGAGGAGGACUCCAGUGGCACCAAGACCCAGGUCGUAGUGCACCUGCAGCCCAUCCAGCAAGGGGGAAACCAUGACGCUGCAGGCACUGGGACUACAGUGCUGGCUGUAGAGGCGCAUCAUGACGACAGCGAAGAAGAAGGAGAGAAGAUGGAGUACGGCUACCCCAUCACCUGCGGGGAGAGCAGGGCUGUGUUGCUCUUCAAGAAAUUCGUCUGCCCGGGAAUCAACGUCAGAUGCGUGAAAUUUAAUGACCAGCUCAUCAGCCCCAAGCAGUUUGUCCACCUGGCGGGAAAAGCCACCCUCAAAGACUGGAAGCGAGCCAUCAGGCUGGGAGGCGUGAUGCUCAGGAAAAUGAUGGACUCUGGGCAGAUAGAUUUCUACCAGCACGACACGGUGUGCAGCAACACCUGCCGCAGCACCAAAUUUGACGUGCUGAUCAACAGCUCGCAGCUUCCUGCCGGGAUUUCAGUGCAGCCAAGUCCAGCCUGCCUGGCUCUGGACACCCUGGGAGGUCUGCUGCCUUCGCUGACAGAGGUCGGACAUGAAGUGGCGGAGCCGCUGGAGGACAAGCUGGGCUCAGCUGCAGAGUGGUGUCCCGGUCUGGCUGGACUCAUCAACACCAGCGCUGCCAACGGACACGCUUCAAAGAGAAAGAAGAGCAGCACACCAGAUGGAGGUGUGAGUCUCUGGAGGUGUGUGGCGGACUCGGGCCUGAUGGGGGACGUCCUGUCCAGCCUGCAGACUGAGUUCUUGGCGACUCUGAAAGGAGUUGAAGUUCGGAGUGAGAAGGACAACCUGCAGGAGACCGACGCCAUCUUGUUGAAUACCUUGUGUGAGAUGUUUGGGCUGCUGGACUCAGUGCGGCAGGCUGUGGGACACAAAUGUAGCCAGAACCUGGAGCACAGAGAAACGGCCGACAGUUUCGAAGGACAGAGGAAGAAGGUGAGAAGUCAUAAAUCCACAGCCAGUAAAACCCCACAGACCCUCCUGAACAGCUCGAGCCAGAACCUGCUCCCGACCGCCGUCAGCAACUCUGUGAUCCAGCCUCUGUCUCUCAUGGGCUUUUCUGCCACGUCAUACCCACAACUCCCCGUUAAUCCUCAUCACGGCACCCAUUUCUCUCCGUCUGGGAGCCGGUACCAGCCGGCUGCCAGCAGAGACGGUCGCCUGUGCAGACCUGAGGGGAAGCUUGAUGGCACUGAGGCCAGGAAGCCUGAGAAAGUCCACCGGCCGGGACACGACGGACGCUCGGGGACCCGCCAGGACUUUGGACAUGAGGGUGACAGGCUUCAGCAGGAGCCCCAAAAUGAGAAGCUGACGGAGACAGCAGUUCUCUGUGGUGUGGAAAAAGUAUUAGGAAGAAAAGCAUCCAAGAAAGUCAAAACAAAAUAAAAGGUGUCGGCGUUGAAACAUGCUGAUGAUGGUACAGUUUAUUUUUAGUACUGGAUUUCUCAUAUCGCACUCCUUUUUUCAGAGUGAUACUGAUAAAGUAACAUGACUUAUUCCCUCAAAAAGCCAAAUUGGUGCACCAUGUCUUGGUUGAAAGGUUAGAACCGCUCCUCAACACUGGUCAUGUGAUCAUGAUGAGACUGGAAUGAAACGCUAUCUUGUCUCCAGUAGUUUGAGAGUGAGGACCUCAGUCGUUCACCAGACACUGGGAGUACAUUCAGUUAGGACAGCAGACACAUCAUCUGCGCCCCCUGGAGGUAAAACACGGCCAUUUCAAAUGACAUUUUCAACCUGGAUCAAGUUCGUAUAGAGGGUUAGAUGAAGGCACCUGGACGUAGUUGUGGAUUUAGAAAGGUUUCCUUGGACUUCAAAGGGUCAAAGUUAGCAGUCACUCAUGAAUGCAGUAGUCCUCUAGCUCAGCUCUUGGAGAAUUUUCUGCGUGAGGAUCCCAUUUUGGUGAGUCUGUGUUAGUCUUCCAGCGCUGUCAGCAGGUUGGGCCCAAAAUUACUGACUAAUGUAACACACAAAUCUGCUGUUGUUCACUGUGCAUGUGGGAAUGUAGCCUUGCAACCCCUCCAGCCACUUGUAAAUAUGAUGAGUUUUCCUGUGUGACAAUCCUUUCUGAUGUAUUUAUUAUUUCUGGCGACAGCUGCCUUUGUUGUCUCCAUCAACGCACCAGGCGUGUGCUGGCCGAUGUCAUGAGUCUCUAAAUACAAAUCCAACAAACCAUAAAGUGGUGGAUGUUGUUUGCAAAUGUGACGAGGAUUUAUGAGAUGGAAGUCAACCUGUGAAAAGAGGUCAUGCAAAUGUAACUUAGUGAUUGUAAGAAUUAAAAUUGUGAAAAAGAAAUCAGGACAAUUCACUUGUAUAACAUAAGCUUAGCUCAGUGAUGGGCUGAUGAAGCUUCAUGAAACAGGAUUAUUAUUUCUAGUGCU